AUGGUCGCUGACCCCAAUGCCGCCUCCAUCACGGUCGCAGUUCGAGUUCGACCUUUCACCAUUCGAGAAGCUGCACAGCUAACUCGCAAUGAUGAGGGUACCGUCUUUCUCGGCGACGGCUCUCUCGCCGCCGCACCGCCAAAGCUUCAGAGGGGUGGUAUUAGGCCCGUCAUCAAGGUCGUCGAUGACAGAUGCUUAGUCUUCGACCCUCCCGAGGACAACCCUGUUCACAGGUUCGGACGCUCCGUCGUCCCCAACGGCAAGAAGGUCAAGGAUCAGACCUUCAUGUUCGACAGAAUAUUCGACGAAAACGCAACACAAAACGACGUGUACGAGGGCACCACGAAGCAGCUUCUCGAUAGCGUCCUUGACGGCUACAAUGCUACUGUCUUCGCCUACGGCGCCACCGGUUGCGGCAAGACGCACACCAUCACCGGCACAGCGCAACACCCCGGAAUCAUCUUCAUGACCAUGCAGGAACUAUUCGAAAAGAUCAACGAGCGAAGCCAGGACAAGACCACCGAGAUCACACUCUCCUACCUCGAGAUCUACAACGAGACCAUCCGCGACCUGUUGAUUCCCGGAGGCAGCAAGCAGGGGUUGAUGCUCCGCGAGGAUUCAAACCAGGCCGUCUCUGUCGCAGGCUUGACAAGCCAUCACCCCAAGAACGUGCAGGAGGUCAUGGAUAUGAUCGUCCAGGGCAACGAGUGGCGUACAGUCUCCCCCACCGAGGCCAACGCGACCUCGUCACGCUCCCACGCCGUUCUUCAGAUCAACGUCGCGCAAAAGGAUCGCAACGCCGACGUCAACGAGCCACACACCAUGGCUACGCUCAGCAUCAUCGAUCUUGCCGGUAGCGAGCGUGCCAGCGCCACGAAAAACCGCGGCGAGCGUCUGCUUGAAGGCGCAAACAUCAACAAGUCCCUCUUGGCCCUGGGAAGCUGCAUCAACGCCUUGUGCGAUCCGCGCAAGACCAACCACGUACCAUACCGCAACAGCAAACUUACUCGACUCCUCAAAUUUUCCCUCGGUGGCAACUGCAAGACGGUCAUGAUCGUGUGCGUCAGCCCUUCGAGCGUCCACUUCGACGAAACACAGAACACCCUCCGAUACGCCAACCGAGCCAAGAACAUCCAGACCAAGGUCACCCGCAACGUCUUCAACGUCAACAGACACGUCAAGGACUUCUUGGUCAAGAUUGACGAGCAGAUUGCGCUGAUCAACGAGCUCAAGGCGCAGCAAAAGGAUGCCGAGAAGAUCUUUUACGCCAAGUUCCGAAAGCAACUGGAAAAGCGCGACUCCGUCGCCCGCGAAGGCAUCCAGCGUAUUCGGGUGGCCUACGACAACUCUGCAAACGACAGGCGGGACAAGAUCAACAACAUGAAGAAGUUGCGGGCUUUCGAAAGGCGGAUCGGCCUGCUUUCGGCCUGGAUUGCCUCCUUCGACACAGUCUGCGAUCAGCGAGGAGACGAAGAUUCAAUGCCUGCGUCCCUCGUUGCCAUCCGCAAGACGGCCCAAGGCAUCUUGGUCGAAUUGGAGCACAGCCGCCACCACAUUCACCAGAAGCUGGAGCACACCAACUGGGAACGAUCCAUCGACACGGCCCUUCACCACAGUAUCAAGCAGUUGCCAGGGGGCGAUGCUGAUGCGGCCGAGAUUUACACACUGACUCGCGAGGCAGAGCUACUCAAGGCUAAUUUCGGCAGAGAUGCCAACCGGGAGGUUCUGGAAAUGGACAAGGCGGGCGAUGCGGCCAUGGUCCAAGUUCUUCUGACCGCCCAGUUUGACAUUUUGGCGUCGCUCGAAGACACAUUGGAAAUGAACGAAGAGGAUGCAGUCGCACACGCAAAGCGUAUUAUCAACCGUUUGCUGGAAGCCGGCUUCACGGCAGCUUCCCAUGUUGUCAAGCCCGACGGUGCCAUGAUUCCCGUGGAGAAGUUUUCACCUAGCAAGCGUGGCACCCCGAAACGCAAGAAGGCGGUUCUCAACAAUCUCAACAAUACAUCUCCCGUCCGACAGCCCGCCUUUGCUCCGCCUGCCGAUACUGCGCCCCAGCCCCAUGUGUCUCCCUUGAAGGUGUCUCCUCGGCGUAAGAAGACGGGCGCGCCGCGAAGUCCUCGCAAGGGAGUCUCGUUUUCGCCGGUGAAGAGGAAGUCGGAAGCGAAACGCGCUGUUCGGUGGAGGGAUGAUGAAACUGAGCAAGGAACCCUGGCAGAUUUCGAAAAGACACCCAAAAAGUUCGAGACGACACCAGAACACAACUCUCCCGGCAAGAGAAGCCCAAAGAUGCCACCCCUACCCUCCUACUUGAGAACAGCAUCGCCCAACCCCGACAAAAGCCCGACGCUGGAACUUGAAGGAUCCUCAUCUAUCCCGCCGGCCAAGCCUAACAGGUUCCAGGCUGGAUUCCUGUCCAAGGGCCGCGUGUCGUCCAUCGGCUCCGGGUCUCCGACCAUGCCGGUGCCGACAAUGUCGCUGCCAUUGGGCUUGUCUCCGUCGUCGGACAACGGAGGGCGGGUGUCUCCCUUGCGAGCUCUUGACGUGCAGCGUUCGUCCAACCUGUCACCGCCGGCGUUCCGCUCUAGAAUCGCGAGAGCCAGCCCACCGCCGAGAACGUCGCUCUCGGGCAGUGUCUCAGCCGACGAGAACAACCCGCCGCCGUCUUACAAUGCCUCCGGAUCCGAGUCGGAGUCGCCCAGCAUUGAUCCUAGGAAGCUUCGAUCUGCGAUGAACUCGAUGAAGAAGGUCCGAGGCGAGCACCGUCGCGUGUCAUCCAUAGGAGGGUCGACUGGUGGCAACGCCAGGCGCAUCUCUUCGGUCAGCUCUAUUAGCACAAACCACCGGGCAUCAUUGAGCUUCUCGGGCCCUUUGGCCAGCAACUCAAACGGCAUCUCCAGACAGCGCCGGGCCAGUGCGGAGCGAAGACUCUCCCCACCCAUAACUUGCUCCCCUCCCGAUGUUAAGAGCGACCGGGCGUUCACGGCGGGGCAGGCAAGGAGGAUGAAUCUGGGAGGCAGUUUGAGACUGGAGGGAGGAAGCCCUCAAGCGCCUCCAAGCCGGAUGGUCAGCGCCGACUUCAAGAACAGACGCAUCACCAUUGGCAGUCUGGCAGCUACCGGUAAGAUCGAGAAGUCACACGCGCCCAGACCCAGCGUGGCAGGGUGGCGUUGA